GUCAGGCGGAUCCUCCGAUCAUGGAGGAUGUUGAUGUGCAAACAAGCUGCAAACUUUCCUCACUCUAUCACUAAACCUGCUGCUUUAAUCAACCUCUGUUUCACUGGUUGCCAGAUCCUCUACCAUGAAAUCCUCCUGAUUAAUUGACAUGUUUUGGUAAAAUGGCUGCUGAGCUGUUUCCUGCCAAAAAACUGCCCACUGUCACGCCCACCGCUGUCCAACAGUACCAGCAGCAGAACGUUAGCAACAACAACACCAUUCAGGGAUGUAACUGGCAAGGCUUGUACCCCACGAUCAGAGAGAGAAACGCAGUCAUGUUUAACAAUGAGCUGAUGGCCGAUAUUCAUUUUGUGGUGGGACCUCCUGGAGGAACCCAGAGAGUGCCAGGACACAAGUACGUCCUGGCUGUGGGUAGUUCUGUAUUUCACGCUAUGUUCUACGGAGAACUGGCUGAAGAUAAGGAUGAGAUCCGGAUCCCUGAUGUGGAGCCAGCAUCAUUCCUAGCCAUGCUGAAGUAUAUCUACUGUGAUGAGAUCGACCUGUGUGCCGACACUGUCCUCGCCACGCUGUACGCCGCCAAAAAAUACAUUGUUCCCCACUUGGCCCGCGCCUGCGUCAACUUCCUGGAGACCAGCCUGAGCGCGCGAAACGCCUGCGUCCUGCUCUCUCAGAGCUGCCUGUUCGAGGAGCCCGACCUCACGCAGCGCUGCUGGGAGGUGAUCGACGCACAGGCCGAGCUCGCGCUCCGCUCCGAGGGAUUCUGCGACAUCGACGCUCAGACUCUGGAAAGCAUCCUGCGACGUGAGACGCUCAACGCCAAAGAGAUGGUGGUGUUUGAGGCGGCAUUGAGCUGGGCAGAGGCCGAGUGUCACCGACAGGAACUCCAGCCCACUAUCGAAAACAAACGGCUUGUUUUAGGAAAGAACAUCUACCUGAUACGGAUCCCGGCGAUGGCGCUUGACGACUUCGCCAACGGCGUCGCGCAGUCCGGCGUGUUGACGCUCAACGAAACCAACGAUAUUUUCCUGUGGUACACAGCAGCCAAGAAACCCGAGCUGAAGUUUGUCUGCAAACCACGAAAAGGUUUAACGCCGCAGAGGUGCCACCGCUUUCAGUCGUGCGCGUACCGCAGCAAUCAGUGGCGGUACCGCGGCCGCUGCGACAGCAUCCAGUUCGCCGUGGACAAGCGCGUCUUCAUCGCCGGGUUCGGGUUGUACGGCUCCAGCUGCGGCUCGGCGGAGUACCAGGCCAAGAUCGAGCUUAAGCGCCAAGGCGUGACUCUCGGCCUCGCCAUCAUCAAAUACUUCUCUGACGGCUCCAGCAACACCUUCCCCGUGUUCUUCGAGUACCCAGUGCAGAUCGAACCCGACACGUUCUAUACAGCCAGCGUGGUUCUGGAUGGGAACGAGUUGAGUUAUUUUGGCCAGGAGGGCAUGACGGAGGUCCAGUGCGGGAAGGUGACCUUCCAGUUCCAGUGCUCGUCGGACAGCACCAACGGGACGGGUGUGCAGGGGGGGCAGAUCCCCGAACUCAUAUUUUAUGCUUGAGAGAGCGUCCUGUGAUUAAUCAGAACCCAACGUUGUUUUUUUUCUUCAUGAAGUGCUGCUCAGAAUUUGCACAAAGGCUGCAAAAAGAUUAUUAGAGAUUACUGACAAUCCAGAUAGAUUAUAUUAGAAGUGCACCUGAAAAUUAAAAUUGGUCAUCUUUUACUCAUCCUCAUUAUCUUCCAAACCUAUACAACUUUUUUUUUUUUUGUAAAACAUAAAAUUUAGUCUGCUCUUUUUUAUCCAGGUUAUUCGCACGAUGGCGUUUCAGAGCCACGUUUAAAAAAAAAAUCUGUUUACGAGAAUAAAAGCCGAAACAUUGCUACUAUAAAGUCGAAAUAACAAGAUAAAGUUGAAAUAGUUUGAGAAUAGUCAAAAUUAUGAGAAUAAAGUCGAAACAUUACGAGAAUAAAGUCGAAAUAAUGAGGUAAAGUCGAAUAUUUCAAGAAUAGUCAAAAUUACGAGAAUAAAGUCAAAAUAAGAUAAAGUUGAAAUAUUUUGAGAAUAGUCAAAAUUAUGAGAAUAAAGUCGAAACAUUAUGAGAAUAAAGUCGAAAUAAGAUCAAGUCGAAAUAUUUCAAGAAUAGUCAAAAUUAUGAGAAUAAAGUCGAAACAUUUAGACAACGAAGUCGAAAUAACAAGAUAAAGUUUAAAUAUUUUGUCGAAAAUCGAAAUUACUAGAAUAAAGUCAAAAUAUUUCAAGAAUAAAGUCAAAAUUAUGAGAAUAAAGUUAAAAUGUUUUGAGAGUGAAGUUGAAAUUCAGAGAAUUGAAGUUGAAAGUUGAAAUCUUUUAUAUAUUUCUACUUUAUUUUAUUCUCAUAAUUUUGACUUUAUUCUCGUAAUAUUUCGACCUUAUUUUUCUUUUUGAUUCUCAAAAGAUUAUGACUUUAGUCUCGUCAUUUUAGAUUUUUACACUUUUUUACGUGCCACUAAAACACCGUCAAACAUUCGGGCCAGCAAGGAUGCACUUAACUGGUCAAAAGUGACAGUAAAGGCAUUUAUAAUGUUACAAAAUAUUUAUAUUUCAAAUAAAUAUAUUUAAAUAGAAAGCAGCUCUUUUAAAUCUUAAUAACAUCUCACAAUUUUACUGUUUUUACUGUAGUUUUUGAGCAAAUAAAUGUAGCCUUGGUGAGCAGAAGAGACUUACUGACCCCAGCUUAAAUGGAUGUUUAAGUUGUUUUCAGCUGCACUGCAAAUUGGUUAUUGCAUCUGAAUGUGACGCCAAGCUAGCAGUGAAAGAUUUAAAAUGAAUAAUGUCUUGAAUUUCCUCUCAUAAAGCUGUCAAGUGACUUCAGAUGCCUUGGAAAGUGGUGCAUGGGUGAAUUAGAUGACAUGAGGUUGAGUAAAUGACCUAAUUUUCGUUUUUGUGUCAUGUGUUUCGUUCAGAGCAGAGAUGAUGAUCCACUUAUUAUAUAGCUGGAUAAAUCUUUCUCUCAAAGCAUUCUUGAAAAUGACACUAAUGUCUGCUAUAAAUAAAUGUAGAUCUUAAAAGUUUUAAAACAGAUAACAUCUGCAUCACAUAAAUCCUAAAAAAAAUCCUAAUAAAGUUUUUUAAGCGUUGGUAAAAUACUAAAGGCCUCUCAACACAAGGUCAUGCGCGGUUCACGUUUUCUCGUGACUGACAAAGUUUACGCUAAAUAAUUGUUCCGUGAUGUUUCCGCCUGCUCGGACUAACAGCAGACAUUAUAUGUUUCUUGUGAGAAAGAUGAUUUAUUAUCUAAUUUGUGAAGUCACACACUUGAUUUAUUCUACAGAAUCAUAUUUGUAUCGCCUUGUGUGUCGUACCAUAAUGAAACUGUAUUUUACUGAACUCUAAAAUAUUUGUAUAAUUUUUUUAAGCAACACGUGAAGCACAAUUUGUCCUGAGGCGUUUCGCUAAAAACUUAUUUUCUCUACUAAUAUUCAUGUAAUCCUAUAUUUUAUACAUUUUGGUGCAACACAACAUUGUAUGUAAGCGGCAUGAAGAGGGUUUUACAAAAAAUUUGAGAGAAAAGAUGAGGAGAGGGAUAACUAGUGGUGCUGGUUAAGAUGAAAAUCACUAAUACUAUUAUUACUCAAACUGCAAAAUGGAUUGUAGAUGAGUUUGUUUGUUCAUCAGAACAUUUGGAAAAAUGUAGCAUCACUUGCUCGCCAAUGAAUCCUCUGCAGUGAAUGGGUGCCGUCAAAAUGAGAGUCCAAACAGCUCAUAAAAACAUCAAAAUAAUCCACAAGUAAUCCACACAACUCCACAUCAAUUAACAUCUUUUAAAGCAAAAAGCUGCAUGUUUUUUUAACAAAUAAGGUCAUCAUUACGACAUUUUAACUUUAAAUCAUCCAUAAUCUAUAAUAACGCUUCCUCCAGUGGAUUCAAAAUCCACCAACAUAUUUGUUUAAAACUGCUGUGAACUAUUUUCACUUGUAAACUGUGCUUGAUCUGUGCAUAUUUCUCUCCUGAUUCAGAUUAGAAGACUUUCACUGGAGAAAGCAAUAUUAUGGAUAGAGACUUUGAUAAAAGCAAUGGUUUGAAGUUCAAAACAUCUUAAUGAUGGGUUUGUUUCUUACUAAUAUGCAACUUUUCACUUCACAAGAUGUUAAUUGAUGCAUUGGAGUGGUGUGGAUUAUUGUAAAGUUUUUUAUCAGCUGUUUGGACUCUCAUUCUGACGGCACCCAUUCACUUCCAUUGGUGAGCAAAUGAUGUAAGGCUACAUUUCUCAAUCUGUCUGAGUGAAGAAACAAACUCUUAUACAUCUUGGAUGUCCUGUGGGUCCAUUUUCAGCAAAUUGUCAUUUAAGGAGAACUAUUCCUUUAAAGUUUUAAACUUUUGUGCACAACUUAAGGUAUUCUUUUGCUUUUACAACAAUCAGAUGUGGAUAAAAUGGGGGAAAAAAUCCCAUAGAUACUGAAGGAUUGACCUGAGCCAUAUAAAGACCAUAUUAUCAGUGGGAUUGUUUACUAAGGCCAGUAAGAAAUCACCUUGAACACCUUAGCAACCACAUAGCGACGCCCUGUCAAUCAUCCAUAACAGCCUAGCAGCAUGAUGGCGAGGCCAGGCACCAUUUCCAUUUGCUUGAGAAACCAUACAAAUGAUACUGUGGUGAUAAAAUAUGUGGUAAACAGCCUGAAACACUACUUAACACUCCAACUCUUUCAGAUGGUGUACAUGUGUAUGUCGACGUCAAACCUUAAUUGCACUAUUUCUCAUAAAGUAGCUGUUUUUUUGUAACACUGUGGCACUAGAGACAUUUCAUUCCGUUGAUUUUACUUCUGAAAUGCUCCAUUGUGAUCUGGACUGGGGUCCCGCUUAUUUGGUCAAAUCAAACCCUGUGUUAUUGACAUUAUUCUGUUGAAAUCUGUAAUUUGUGCCUUUUCUGAAUUGGGUUUAAUGGUGUGAACUACCCAAGCGAUUCUUGCAUAAACACUAUAUUCCUGGACCAUGAGUUGAGAUGUUUUUACAUGCUCUGAACACUGGUCGUAUUCACUGGAAUCGUAAGUGUAAGAGGUUUUAACUCAUUUAUUCAUUCAUUCAUUCAUAGCUGUAUUUUGAUAUAUGGCACAGGUGAGGAAGCCUGUUUCUUCUGUUAUGUAGAAAAUGAGGUGCCCGUGAAAGUGCCAACAGACUUUUUUGAAUGUGUGAGCGGCGUUUGUGUCAACAUGAAUAAAGCUAACUUUAACUCCA